ACUCGGAGACAUUCCACACGCGCUGAGAGCGAGAUCAACGGCACAGUGGGAAAAACACAGGAGAGUGACACACACAACAACCACUCGAGGACCGUUGGCUUAGCUGUUUUCCUUUUUAACAGCGUCUUAUUGAAAUCCACAGCGGGAUAAUUUCAACACAAAUCUCAGCAGAGACUAACCGUGAAGAUGGGUUCAGUCCCGGUAUUAUCUGUGCUCAUUCUGGCCAUCGCUGUUCCGAGUCUAGCCGGAUACAUUGAGGCACUGGCAGCUAAUGCAGGUACAGGAUUUGCUGUUGCAGAGCCGCAGGUCGCCAUGUUUUGUGGCAAACUCAACAUGCACAUUAACAUCCAGACUGGCCGCUGGGAACCGGACCCUUCUGGAUCCAAAACCUGCGUCGGAACCAAAGAAGGAGUUCUGCAAUACUGUCAGGAGAUGUACCCUGAGCUGCAAAUCACAAAUGUGGUGGAAGCCAACCAGCCAGUCAAGAUCGAGAACUGGUGCAAGAAGGACAAGAAACAGUGUAAGGGACACGCUCACAUCGUGAUCCCCUACAAGUGCUUGGUUGGGGAAUUCGUGAGUGAUGUCCUCCUGGUGCCAGAGAAAUGUAAAUUCUUCCACAAGGAGCGUAUGGACAUGUGCGUGAGUCAUCAGCAAUGGCACGGUGUGGCCAAAGAGGCCUGUUCUAAGGGAAGCAUGGUCCUGCACAGCUACGGCAUGCUGCUUCCCUGUGGCAUCGAUAAGUUCCACGGCACUGAAUACGUCUGCUGCCCGUCUACUCGUCCCGAGGAGCCCGUACCUCCUGCUUCACCCUCAAAAGAGCUUGAUGAUGAGGAUGAAGAUGAUGAGAAUGAGGAGGUGGAGGAGCCUGUCAUUGAGGAGGAGGAUGAAGAGGAUGAAGAUGAUGAAGCAGUAGAGGAGAGCGAGCCUGUUGCCAACGAGCCGCCCACUCAGGAGGACACAGCUGAAGAGGAGGAGGAGCAGGAGGAUGACGGAGAUGAGGAGGACUACCACUACGUGUACGAGGAUGAAGAGGAGGACCGAGACAGUGAGGAAAAGGAUGAGAAGAAAGAGAAAGCUGUCGUCCCAGAGAGCCAAGAUGAUGACAAAACUCUGCAGGAAGUGGAAGCUGUGUGUUCUCUGGAGGCGGAGACCGGCCCCUGCCGUGCCUCUAAGCCUCGCUGGCACUUCGACAUACAGCAGAGGAAGUGUGUGCGCUUCAUCUACGGAGGCUGUGCCGGCAACCGCAACAAUUUCGACUCGGAGGAGUACUGCAUGGCCGUGUGCAAGCGUUUGCUGCCGCCCACUCCUCAACCCACAGAUGAUGUGGAUGUGUACUUCGAGACCCCAGCAGAUGAUAAAGAGCACAGCCGUUUCCAGAAGGCCAAGGAGCAACUCGAGAUCAGACACCGCAACCGCAUGGAGAGGGUGAGGAAGGAGUGGGAGGAGGCCGAGAGCCAGGCCAGGAACCUGCCCAAAGCUGAGAGACAGACACUGAUCCAGCACUUCCAGGCUAUGGUGGAGUCCCUGGAGGAGGAGGCAGCCAGUGAGAAACAGCAGCUGGUGGAGACUCACCUUGCCCGGGUAGAGGCAAUGCUGAACGAUCGGCGCCGUCUUGCACUGGAGAACUACCUAGCCGCCCUGCAGGCUGAUCCACCCAGGCCCCACCGUAUCCUGCAGGCUCUGAAGAGGUACAUGCGUGCAGAGAAUAAAGAUCGUCAGCACACCAUCCGCCAUUACCAGCACGUCCUGGCCGUGGACCCUGAGAAGGCCGCCCAGAUGAAGUCCCAAGUGAUGACCCACCUGCGGGUGAUUGAGGAGAGGAUGAACCAGAGCCUGUCUCUGCUCUACAAGGUGCCAUACGUCGCAGAGGAGAUCCAGGAUGAGAUUGAUGAACUUCUACAGGAUCAGAAGGCCGAUAUGGACCAGUUCCUGUCCUCCAUCUCUGAGUCUCAGCCUGAUGUCACUGUAUCCUCUGAGGAGAGCGUGGAGGUUCCUGCCUUUGAAGGAAAGCCCUUCCGCCCCUUCCAGGUCAACUCUCUGGGCUCACCCGCUGAACCCGAGGGCGAUCUCUCUGAACCGCCUCGUGCCUUCAAGAAAGGCUCUGGCAUGAACAGUCUGGAUGGUCUGAUUGGAGCAGAGGAAAAAGUCAUCAACAGCAAGAGCAAGAUCAACGAAAAUGUGGUGAUUGAUGAGACUCUGGAUGUUAAAGAAGUGAUUUUGAAGGGUCUUGAUCCUCUGUUCAGUCGUGGAUCGGAGAAGGAGACGUUCCGCCCCCUGGUGGAUGAGUUCAGCUUCGGAAGCAGCGCUCUGAUUGGCCUGCUGGUGAUUGCGGUGGCCAUAGCGACGGUGAUUGUGAUCAGUCUGGUGCUGCUGAGGAAGAGGCAGUACGGCACCAUCAGUCACGGCAUUGUGGAGGUUGACCCUAUGCUAUCUCCAGAAGAACGUCACCUGAGCAAGAUGCAGAACCAUGGCUAUGAAAACCCCACCUACAAAUAUCUGGAGCAGAUGCAGAUUUAGCCAUUAUAGGGGCUGUGGAGCAAGAGAGGGGUGAACAUACUACUGACCAAUAUAAAACUGCUCUCAAAUCAUUUCAUGCAUUUGAAAUGCAUAUUCUGGUUCAUUUAAAGAAAACAACGGUUUAUUAAUACUACUACUAAUACUGCUACUGUUGUACCAUGGAGCGCAAUUUUAUGCUCUUGUAACUUUUGUUUUUUUUUCUUUCAAAGGCAAUUUAUCAGUGGUUUUAAAUCAGGAGAACGUGACUCUGCGAAUUUAGCUUGGAAUUGAUUUUCCGUAAAUAAAAUUGGAGAGUAUUAUAAUGUUGUUUUAAAUGUUAAUUUUUAUAAAGAUCUAGUCUAUAGUGGUACAGCAAAGCUGAAACAAUCAAUAUAAAGACACAGCAGUUUGUCUACACCA